UCCGCAGUGUGACUGGGCGAUGUGACUUUUCACACCAGCCCUCCAGGUGCACAGCAGCCCCCCCCAGCAAGACAAGAACUGGAUAAAGGCGCCUCCCCAAGCCCUGCAAAUCAGCUUCAGACCCGUUACCCUGCGCGGGGCUCUGCCACACCUCGGCCCUCCUCUCCUUUGGCUUCUCCGCGAACGCUCGGGAAUUUUCCCUCUGUCCCCCCACACCCCCUUUCUCAGUCUUUUUGGCCACCCCUCUCUCCUGCUCUCCCCUACCCCAUCCUGGGAGGAGGAAACGUUCGGGGGGACUCCUCCAUCGUAGCCCCGGCAUCAGGAGGGUCUCUCGUGCCCUCCCUUUCCCCAGAACAGCAUCCCCUUGCCCAUCAGUACCCUCCCAGAACCUCCCGGGGGCCAGGACCAUGGCGGCUGCAGGCAGCCGUGGGUCCCAGGCGUCCACCUUCGUCCAGUGCCGCGGGGGCGCCCUGCUGCUGCUGCUGCUGUCGCUAAGCCUCCAGUGUCUGUCUGUACGAGCUGACGGAAAACUCUUUGUCUUGGAAUCCUGGAAUGGCUCUCAGGGCCUGGAUCUGGCUGUGGCUCAGGCCUCCUGCGCAGCCUCUGGUGCUCACCUAGCUACAGCAGUAGAGCUCCGGCCAGUACUGGAAUGUUCUUUUGCAACGUGCACCACAGGCUGGCUGGCAGAUGGCACAGUUGGGACAACGGUGUGCGGCAAGAUGAGUGGGGAGCAGCAGAGUAUAAAAGCUGUGGAUGUGAAAAUUGAAAGUGAUCUGGUUCCUGGCAGCAAAUAUGAUGCCCUUUGUGUCAAGGAUGAAGAUAAACCAUGUGGGGAUCCCCCUUCCUUCCCUCACACCAUCCUGCAUGGCCACACUGGAUUUGAGAUGGGGGAUGAGCUACUGUACGUCUGUGCCCAGGGCUAUGUCAUGGGUCACAAAGAGACCGCCUUCACCUUGCUCUGUGACAGCUGUGGGGAAUGGUAUGGACUGGUCCAAGCCUGUGUAAAAGAUGAAGCUGAGACACAUAUUGAUUAUGAAGAGAACUUCCCCGAUGACCAAUCAGUACCACUCACAGAUCACAAGACGGAUCAUAGUAGAGAGGAAGAGAAAGAGGAUGGGGGCCAGGAAGAAGCCUCUGACAAACUAAAGCAAGAUUAUCCCAUCUCUGUUUCUCUAGAGAGAGAAAGAGUGGCUGGCAACAAAGACAUAAAGACAAGGGACCUGCCUGGAGGAGAAGGGAGAACCCCCACGGAAUCUCCAGUGUCCUUGCUGAGCCAGAAACAUUUAUUUUGGUUUCCAGCUGAGGCUUUUCAUGAACCUGAGUUGGAGAAGGAGAUGAUGGAGGAGAAUGCCCAGAGGCAUUUUUCCGAUGGAGAUAACCAUAUUGGAGUGAAAUCAAGACUCCACGAGCCAGGUAACAAAAUGAUCUAUGACAGUGCUGACUUUCCCAUUGAACCAACACUGGGAAGGAAUGACACCAAGAUUGGGGAGCAAAUUGUGAGCAGCAGUGAUGAGUCCUGGUUAGAUGGCUACCCUGUAACUGAUGGAACAAGGGAGGAAGAAGAAGAUGAUGAAGGAGACAAAGGGGAUGGGUCAGUGGGUCUGGAUGAAAGUAUUUUGGUUAUGACUGACCAGCCCAACCAUGUAGAAGUAAAAAAAUCCAGCAGUACCAUGUUCACUGUAGGUGAAGAUAUAACCCAGCUGACUGUCACUCUGAUGAGAACAUUGGACUAUGGAACAGUGACCCUCACACCUACUACUGCCCCUGAAAAUGUGAGUCCCAGCAAAGGAGUGAGUGACAUGGUCACAUAUCAGUCCACUGUGUCUUGGGGAUUUGCAACAGAUGAGUCUCCAGCAUCCACUUCACUCGAUGACCUUACCAACUCAACCCCAGGGACAAUAACAAUAACAGAUCCCCAGCCUCUUGACCACAUCCCAUCACCCAGAGAUACUGAGAGAGGUGCCACCACUCUUCCUCCCACCCAGACCACCAUAUUCAGUACCCAUAAUAGCUUCCCAGACGCACCCUCUGAGAGAUUCAUGGAACAGGAGCUUCCCACCUUGAGCAUAAGAGAAGAGCUUUUUCCAACCACCCAGUCUUGUAUUGGGGAAGAUUGUUCAAGCACCACUAAAGGCCCUGUGAUUGCCAUCAUAGUGAUAGUCCUGUGUUUGUUGCUGCUGCUGAUGGCUAUCAGCGCUGUGUGGUGCUACAGAAGGCGACAGCAGAAGAGCUCUGUGUAUAAGUUGAAUGGCAAAGGUCAGACUCGGCAUUAUCACCAGCAGAUUGAGAUGCAGAAGGUCUAACUGCCAGCAAUGCACUUGGCCCUUCAGGAGAUGAUACAAAGGACCAUCAAACCCAACUGGUGAACUGGGACAAUUCUGUAGGGUGUGAAAUGAUUAGGGUGUGGGAAAUUGCUGACCCACCCAGAAGAAGUUGGACUUCCUUUUUGAACACCUAACCAAACUGACUGACAUUUGAUGUUCAUUUUAAAGAUUCAGAAGGGACUUCUAGAGGGAUUCCACAGUGAACUAGCAGAACUUAAAUGCUCCGUCUUCUACUUUUCUAUUGUUCUUCAGCACAAGCAGAGAUGAAAGCAAACUGUGGCUGGCAACACUGUUAUUUCAACUUUUCCACGACUUCUUUAACAAAACAAAGGCCAGAAAAUAUCCCUAUUUGGGUUGAUCAUACUUUAUUUCUUUAAAAAGAAAACAAGUAAUUAUCCCCAUCCAUGAAACUGAUGAGAUAAAUGACAUUAAUGAAAUGGAAUUUGAAGCUUGUAUUAUCGAGGAUCUGGAUGUUUCAUUGCCAAGCAAGGGACUAGAAGAUUUGUCAUAUUGUUGCCUUAUUAUUUUCUGAUCUUGCCCAGGGAGAAUAAAUUUGGAGCCUUUAGGUUUGGGGUGGUAUAUUAAAAAGUGCAAAGCAAGGGGAUUUUAGAGACUUUUGGUGGAUGUGAAUGUGGAGGAUAAUAUCCUUCCUGCCACUAAGACAAUGACUUUACUCUAUUCUUUGUUGAGUAAUGUCAGCUCCAAGUCAAUCAACCCAGCCUCUGGCCCUGAGUACUGAUACUACCCUAUGUCUAUGAAAAGGAGGGCACAGGCCAAUCACUGGCAACCUUGGCCACAAUGGCUAUUCCUCCCUCUGAACCUGGGAGAGAGAAAUAUGGCAAAGAUCAGGCAUUCGAUAUGGGAGGAAAGAAGUAGAGUAACCAGUGCGACUACUUCCUUGAUAGCAGAAAGUUUGGGGAUUUUCAAAUGACCACAUUUGCCAUUCUUUUCUUGAGUUUUUUAAUAACUUUGGGAGCUCCACCCAAGCAGAUACUUGGUCUGGCUUUGCUCUAUAACCCAUUCUGGACCACUGGACCAGGUGUUUUUGGGGAAGCUGAAUGUUACUGAAAAAGAAAUGAAUUCAAAUGAAACUCGGGGGAGAGCAUAUGAUGAAGCAGGUGUACAUAAAAGACAUUUUCUCCUCUCAAUAAAAAACCUACUUGUUUUGUUUCACAAGAAACCAGCACAUACAUUAGUGGCAGCAUGGGGGAGCUGUCCUAAGACCCAUACUUGACCUUUUACCCAUCAGCCUCUUUCAAUAUGAAUAACCUAAUUAGAAACACGUUUCAGUGGUAAGUGGUUGGGAGUGGGGUGAGGAUAGAAGAGUCAAGAUUUCCUACAGCACUAGAAUAAUGAGACACCUUUUUGGAGCUGCAAUACCAACCAUUGGUGUUUCAACUUGCCUACUUUUUUACUAGGUCACCCCCUUUGGGUGCAGUCUUUGUAAAAAGAACAACAGGUCAGGUAGCUGAACAGACAAAUUACAAUGACAAUCUAGUGUCAUGGGACCUUUUUAGCCCCCAUCAAUGGAUAAACCUAAGAGUUCUAGAGUCCAGCUGGAAAAUUGUAAAUGAGAACAAAUUGAGAAUAAUGAGAAUGAAGUCUACUAUUGCUGGAUGGGUGUAGCCAAAGCAGAAGUGAAACAAAACUAUAAAAACCAGAAACUCUGUACAGAUUUGUAAAUAUUUUCCCCCUAAUAUACUGCAAGGUAACUUUUAUGCUUUCAGUGCAUUCUAGAAUGCAAAAUAACCUCUGUCUCAACAUUAGGAUCACCAUUGUAAACUAUUUUGUAAGCAGUAGCUAAAAAUACUGAAUUUACACUAACCCAUUUAAUGAAUAAUGUGAACACGUAACUGAAAAGUACAUACUAUGUGUCGGCUGUGUGGAAAUAUACUGCAAAAUAAAUAUAAGACCAGUGGUA